AUGUUGGGAAAAAUUAUGGGUAAUCUUUCUACUGACAGAGUGGAACCUGCAAGAGCGUUUCUAAACACUGUUGUUAAUUUUUGCAGAGCGUUUCUGAAGACUGUUGUCGAUAUUUGCGGACCGUUCCAAGCAACCUACAAGCUGCGAGGACAGAGAACUGAAAAAUCCUAUAUUGCCAUCUUUGUCUGUUUUGUUGUGAAGGUGGUCCAUCAGGAGGUUGUCUCAGACCUAACUACGGAAGGGUUUAUUUCAGCCCUUCAGCGCUUCGUGACAAGGCGAGGUUUAUGCCAAGAUUUGUAUUGCGAUAACGGGACAAGCUUUGUUGGAGCCCGUAAUCAAUUAGAUGGUUUAAGACAAAGUUUUAUUGACCAGCAGACGGAAAAAAAGAUUAGAGAUUGGUGUGCCGCAGAGCGAAUUCAAUUCCAUCAUAUACUUCCAAGGACUCCACACUUUGGUGGGAUAUUGAAGGCAGCCGUGAAGUCAGCAAGAAAAAACAUCUGGUUCGCAUCGCUGGUUGGCGAGUCCUUGCUAACUUUUGAAGAAUUAUCAACAGUUGUGUCUGAUAUAGAAGCCAUAUUGAUUUCCCGGCCAAUGUAUAUGAUGUCCGAUGAUCCGAGUGAUGAAGAAGUCCCUACACCUGGCCAUUUUUAA